AUGUCCGCCCAACAUGAAGAGCAGCAACAAAUCACCAAGGACCAAAAGCCCACCUGGUCCGAAUGGGCCAAGACCCAGUACAGCGCCCAAUACGAGUCCUGGGUUCCCUGGCUAGAAGAUCUUUACCUCCGCUACUUCACCAAGGACAACAAAGCGAGUUAUGCCACCAAGGACACACUUUCCAAGACCAAGGUCACCAACAUCGAACAGGUAGACACCCUCCAAGAUGGGGUGCAUAACCUCGUUGCUGGACAGAUCGGACAAGGAGGACUAGGACAGCCAGUUGGGGAUUUGUUGUCGAAGGAAGGAGUGAAUAGAACGGAGAGGAAGGGGAAGGAUGAGAAGGGGGGUUAUUUCCCUGACGUGAGAAAUGUGGGUGGGUUAUUGGGAAGGAAGUGA